CCUCCUCAGCCUCCUCCCCUGACUGCUGCCUCUAUAAAGAGCCUGCACUCCUUCUCCCCAGUCAGUCGACAGUCAGACGGACGGACGAACGACAGACGGCCUCAGGCGACCACAGGUGACCACAGGUGACGCUCUACCACAGCUCAGUCAGGAUGUCUAUCACUAAGAUUCAUGCUCGGGAGAUCCUGGACUCCAGAGGGAACCCCACGGUGGAGGUGGACCUGUGGACAGCCAAGGGUCUUUUCAGGGCAGCGGUUCCCAGUGGUGCCUCGACCGGGGUCCAUGAGGCCCUGGAGCUCCGUGAUGGGGACAAGAGCCGCUACCUGGGCAAAGGGACUCAGAAGGCUGUGGAACACGUCAACAAGGACAUCGCCCCCAAGCUGUUAGAGAAGAACUUCAGCGUUGUCGAGCAGGAAAAGAUUGACAAGUUCAUGCUGGAGUUGGACGGCACCGAGAACAAAUCUAAGUUUGGUGCUAACGCCAUCCUGGGUGUGUCGCUGGCCGUCUGUAAGGCUGGAGCAGCAGAGAAGGGAGUUCCUCUGUAUCGCCACAUCGCUGACCUUGCUGGACACAAAGAUGUCAUACUUCCUGUUCCUGCCUUUAACGUCAUUAAUGGAGGAAGCCACGCUGGAAACAAACUGGCCAUGCAGGAAUUCAUGAUUCUUCCCGUUGGAGCAUCUAACUUCCAUGAAGCCAUGAGGAUCGGAGCUGAGGUCUAUCACAACCUGAAGAAUGUAAUCAAGGCAAAGUACGGUAAGGACGCUACCAACGUGGGAGACGAGGGAGGCUUUGCCCCCAACAUCCUGGAGAACAAUGAGGCUCUAGAGCUGCUGAAGACAGCUAUCGAGAAGGCCGGCUACCCUGACAAGAUCAUCAUCGGCAUGGACGUAGCAGCCUCCGAGUUCUACCGCAGCGGGAAGUACGACCUGGACUUCAAGUCGCCCGAUGACCCAUCCAGACACAUCAGCGGAGAGCAGCUGGGAGACCUGUACCGCAGCUUCAUCAAGGGCUACCCUGUCCAGUCCAUUGAGGAUCCAUUUGACCAGGAUGACUGGGAGCAAUGGGCUAAGUUCACUGCCUCUACAGACAUCCAGAUCGUAGGAGACGACCUCACUGUAACCAACCCCAAGAGGAUCCAGCAGGCUGUGGACAAGAAAGCCUGCAACUGUCUGCUGCUCAAGGUCAACCAGAUCGGCUCCGUGACUGAGUCUAUCCAGGCGUGUAAGCUGGCUCAGAGCAGCGGUUGGGGUGUGAUGGUCAGUCAUCGCUCCGGAGAGACUGAGGACACCUUCAUCUCUGACCUGGUGGUUGGACUCUGCACUGGACAGAUUAAGACCGGUGCUCCCUGCAGAUCUGAGCGUCUGGCCAAAUACAAUCAGUUAAUGAGGAUUGAGGAGGAGCUUGGAGACAAGGCCAAGUUUGCUGGCAGAGACUUCCGUCACCCUAAGACCAACUAAAGCCACAUCCUACCUUCUGUGAAGACCCUCCUCCAUUCAGCUGGGGGUGAUAGGUCAGAGGUCAUGGCAAGUGUUGCCCCUAGUUACAAAUCCAUUAACAAGGUUUUUCUAAAUAAAAUGCAAACAUUUCAUAAAGACUGAGGAAUGAAAGCCACUCUUGAUUACUACAGUAAGUGUCUGCUACUGGUUCAAUAAACAGGACUGUGUCGA